AUGUCAAGAUUGAUAGUAAAAAAUCUUCCAAAAACCAUUACAGAGCAGAAAAUUCGAGAUGUCUUUACACAAAAAGGAACAAUAACUGACGUUCAACUUAAAUAUAAAGAUGGAAAGUUUCGUCAGUUUUGUUUCGUUGGAUAUGAGAAUGAGGAAAGUGCACAAAAAGCAGUGGAAUUUUAUAACAACACAUUUAUUGGAACUAGUCGAGUGACAGUAGAAAUUUGUGCUGUUCUCGGUCAAAAGCCUAAAGAACAGCCAUGGAGUAAAAAUGUGAAAGAUAAAGAGAAGAAAGUAGAUUUGGAAGAACCAACAGAAAUCACACCAGAAAUUAAUAAAACUCCAAAUAAAUCAAAAAUAGCUGCAAAGGUUGAAGCGAUUCUAGGUGAUCAUAAAGAAGAUGCAUUAUUCCAAGAGUUCAUGAAGUCACAUGCUAAAGACAAACUACUUUGGGAUAAUGACAUUGGAAUUUCAAGUAAAAAUGAAAACGAGAAUGAAGAAAACAAAGUUGUGGAAAUAGAAACAGAAAAGCUGGCAAAUGCUGAGAUUAGUGACACAGAUUACAUGAAACAGUUGAUGGGAAAAUCAAAUAGUAGUCCUGAAAAAGAUUCCAACAAGACAAAAGAAAAUUGGACAAAACUUUAUACUGUGAAAGUUCGAAAUGUUCCCAAAAGUAUAAAACGUGAGGAGCUUAUAAAGUUUUUUCGUCCAGCUAAAGCUUAUUCUGUCCGAAUACCAAAACAGAAAGGAUUUGCGUAUAUUGGAUUUAAGCUAGAAAGAGAUCUUCAAAAGGCUUUGGGCAAGGAUAAAAGUUUCUUAAAAGGAAAACAAAUUCAAGUUUAUCACUUCACCGAUAAAUCUGACAGUGAUGGAUCUACGAAGAAAACGAAUCCUCGGUGGCAAGAACAAGAAGAAUUACUAAUGAAAGAAGAAGACAUUUGUGAAUCUGGAAAGCUUUUCUUUCGAAAUCUCGCAUACAAUGUCACUGAAGAUGACAUUCAGAAGCUUUUCGAAAAAUACGGAGCUGUCGUUGAAGUCAAUGUUCCAAUUGAUCCAGUAUCAAGAAAGAUUAAGGGAUUUGGAACGGUGACAUUCAUGAUGCCUGAACAUGCAGUUGUUGCUUAUACAGAGUUGAACGGAACAAUGUUUCAUGGCAGAAUGUUCCAUGUAUUGCCAGCAAAAUCAAAUGAGAAAAAAGAUGAAGAAAGUGACGACGAACAAGGAUUCAAAAAGAAGAAACAAGCAGCACUUAGGAAUGCUGCAGGAUCUGCACACAAUUGGAAUACUCUUUUUCUUGGCCAAAAUGCUAUUGCAGAUGUGAUGGCAAAAAGCUUUGGAAAAUCUAAAGAAGAAGUUUUGAAUUCAUCAAAAGGAGGAUCAGAUGCUGCUGUUCGAUUAGCUUUGGGAGAAACACAAAUUGUUCUUGAAAUGAAAAGCUUUCUAGAAAGUCACGGUGUUAGAUUAGAGUCGUUUGAAGAUGGAAAGUCAAAACGAUCUAAAACUAUUCUCUUAGCAAAAAAUCUUCCAGCUAAAACCAAUGUAGAAGAGUUGACAGAAAAAUUUUCACCUUUUGGGAUUAUUCAGAAAAUUGUUCUUCCUCCAAGUGGUGUAACGGCUCUAAUAAAAUUUGAUGACCCAUCAGAAGCAAGAAAAGCUUUUAAGAAACUUGUUUACACUAAAUUUAAACAUCUUCCACUUUAUCUUGAAUGGGCACCAGAAAAUUCUUUCAAAGAUGAUGCAGAGAUAGAUAAUGAAAAGAAGGAAAAGGAAGUGAAACAAGAAGAAGAGUCAAAUGUAGAGAAAGGAGAGGAAGAAGAUGAAGAAAUAUUGUCACCUGAACCCAACACAACUUUGUUCUUAAGAAAUCUCAACUUUAUAACAACUGAAGAAACUGUCCGAGAAGCAUUCAAAAAACUUGGAAAGAUUUUCUUAAUACAAAUAGCUAAAAAGCGGAAUGUUAUUGACCCAAAGCAUCCAAUACAUUUAGGAUAUGGAUUCAUACAAUUUCUUCAUUCAUCAUCGGCUGAAAAAGCUUUGAGAACGAUGCAGUUUUGUGUGAUUGAUGGAAAUAAAGUUGAAUUGCAACGAAGUGAAAGAACUUUGAGGGGACAGGAAGACACAGAGAGGAGACAACCAAUGCAGAAAAAGAAGAAUGAGAAAAUAUCAACGAAAAUCAUGGUUAAAAAUAUUCCAUUCCAAGCGAAUGCUAAUGAAAUUAAAGAAUUAUUUAAAACAUUUGGUGAAAUCAAAGCUUUACGAUUGCCGAAGAAAAUGGGAUCAGAUCAGCAUCGUGGAUUUGGAUUUGUGGAUUUUCUCAACAAAAGUGAAGCAAAAUGUGCUUUUGAUGCAUUGAAACAUAGCACACAUUUAUACGGUCGAAGACUUGUACUUGAAUGGGCUGAAACUGAUCAAGAUGUUGACGAAAUUCGGAAGAGAACUGCGAAUGAAAUUGAAUCUGUUGCUGGAUCAAAAGCAAAAAAGUUCAAGAAGACGCUAGAAAAAGAUUUUAUCAAAUUUUCUCCCGACGAGGAAGAAUCAGAUUAAAUUUGUUAAUUAAAUUUAAAAAUUUUAUUUCGAUAAUAAUAAAAAUACAGAGAAAAACA